AUGCAAAUCAGCUCGUCAACUGUAGCCCGCUUGUCGACUUCCCUGACAAUACUUCGUUUUAGAGACAUAUCUAGCAUCGGGUUCUCAACAGGAGGAAAGUUGAUUGUAGUUGGAGAAAUGAUGGCUGCUAUUAUUGCAGUUUGAUUUAUGCGCCCAAAGAGGGAGGUCCCAUGUACUAUUUCAAAGAGGAUUGCUCCCAGGGCCCAAACAUCAGUUUUCAAUCGCAUCUUUGAUUCUUGUCCAGGUACUACUUCCGGUGCUUGUCCCUUGAGCACGCUGAUAAGUUGUUCAGGGCUCAUAUAA